AUGGCCGCCAGCGAAGGUGAUGAGCUGAGUUCUGCGUCUUCGAGCCCCUUGUUGCGUAACAAGUCUGGAAGCCUCAAUGUUUGGAAAAUACCCAGCCUUAGGCAGAAGCUGAAGGAUCACUUGAUCACUGCACAAGAAGCCUUGCUGCAACAGAGCGAGGAACGGCACGAGAUUUACAGUGCUGGCAAUGCAGGCAAAAGAAAAGACAGCAAGGCACCCACCAUGCUGCCGCCGCCACAACAAAGCCCGGAGGCGAACACAAGGAGGGACGUGUCACGUCGGGCAUCGUCAGUUCUUCAGGUGCAGGACAUGGCGGCAGAGAAGCGAGAUGCAUUGGAGCCUCUUUGGCCGAAGCCAUCUGCUCAAUCUUCAGGUGGCAAAGAGCAGUCUAACGAAGACCUGUCCUGCUCUGCCCGUAUGUCUCAAGAGGAAGCGUCUCCGGAAACAGGCACGAGCAGCAGGCUGGUUCGUGCCAACACCUUGGACAACCUCACACCGACGGUGGCAAGGAACAUGAGGAAUGUGUUUUCCGAUUUCCGGAAGGCGUAUGCCUACAUGGGCAUCGAUUGGUACACUGUGCAGAAGAAAAAGCAGAAGGUUUCGCUUCUCUUCUUCGUCGAGGAGUUGUACUACUGGUGCUAUGCAGCAUACAUUGUCUUGAUCAUCCUCUUUGGAGCCGUGCUCUUUUGGUACGAGCCAGGAGGCAAAUUCAGCUUCGCACAAGCGCUGUACACUUCAGCGAGCUGUGUUUCCCAGAGUGGGCUAGCCGUGGUGGACUGGUCCAAGCAGUCGGCUCGCACCUACAUUAUCAGCUUCUUUCUCAUCUUGUUGGGCUCGGCGUCCCUGCUUCACUUGAUGCCCGUACUUCUUAGGCAGAGCUCCUUCCGAAUGCAAGCCAAGAUGGCUUCAUGGCAGAAGUUCCAGGAGGAGCACGAGCGCCAGAGCAGGAUACUGUCAUCUGGAAAGCUGAUGAGUCUGCCACGCUCACGCUCUGAUCCAGUUGUUCCGGAGACCUAUGUUCAUCAGAUCAACCAUGAUGGCCAUGCACAGGGAGCAGUACGAUGGGCGCCGAGACAGGUCUCUAUCGAGGAUGGCGUUCCUGGGGCACCCAGAAAGGGCACCUGCAGCAGAGCACUUGCGAGAAAGCAUCGGAUGGAGUACAAGGCGCUUGGGAAAGUGCUGAAGAUUGUGCUCGGAUAUUGGUUUGUUUGCCAUGCGCUGGGAACUUUGGUCUUCUACCUGUAUUUCAAGCUGGGGCACGGCGAGAUCGAGGACAAGUUCCGUGAAGAAGGGCUCCGCCCCAUGCACCACGCCUUGUAUCUGUCCGUGUCCAGCUUUCAGAACAAUGGUUUGGUCAUGACGCCGUCAUCAGUCAUGGAUUUCGUGAGGAGCCCAAUCCUUCUCACCACCAUCGGGGCCCUGAUCAUCUUGGGAAACACAGGGCUCCCGAUCAUGGUCCGGCUGAUUGCGGCGAUCUGGAGACGAAGCACGCGGCCCCAUUCUGAGACGAGAAAGGUCCUGGAUUUUCUCAUGGAGCAUCCGCGUCGGUGUUUCACGCACAUGUUCCCGGCUGUCCACACUAUGUGGCUGAUGCUGGUCGUCGUUGGCCUCAACGUUCUGGGGACGAUCGUGAUAUUGAUCCAGGACUUCCACAGCCCGGCUUUCAAGGGGCUGCAUGCCCAUGAAAUCUUGGGCAACGCCUUUUUCCAGACGGUCUCGACACGCACGGCAGGAAUGAAUUCGAUCAACAUCGCACAGCUCUCGCAGGGCACAACCUUCUUCAUGGCUGUGAUGAUGUACUUUUCCACGACGCCCACGGUUGUUACAAUGCGGCUCUCAGCGGCGACGCAUGAGCUUGACAUCACCGGACGUGUCGAAGGUGUUGAGGAGACGGUCUUGACUGGAUCUGAGAACUCGUUGAAGGGCCAGGCACGAAGAUACUUAACCCAAGAUGCUACAUACCUCGUGGUAAUUUGCUUUCUGAUCUGUUGCUUCGAGCAGAGAAAUUUCGCCAGGGCAGCCAAAGACCCAUCGCCUGACAGCGAUGGCAUCUACACAGACUUUGGGUUCUUCAAGGUUCUGUUCGAGUUGCUCUCGGCGUAUGGCACUUGCGGGCUCAGCCUCGGAUACGAGAAUCAGACAUUCUCCUUUAGUGGUGUUUGGAGCGAAGCCUCACAGCUCCUGCUGGUGUUCACAAUGAUCCUGGGGCGCUUGAGAGGGCUCCCGGACUCGAUCGAUGCCUCAGUGCGUGCAGCCAUGACGACCGACGACGAUGGCGUGAAGGAAGAGGAAUACGACUUCGUGCAUUUCUGA